GGCAGUGCGAAAUUUUGUUGUGCUUUUAUAAUAAAGAGAAGUUAUUGUAGCGGUUGUGAUGCUAAUGUUAGCUUAGCACACAACCAGAGCUGCAGCCAUGUCUUCAAGUGGGAUUCACGCGCUCCUCCUCAAACUUCACGAGUCACUUUCAGAUGAAGACUCGCGAACUGCGGCGCUGAGAUGUCACGACAUAGUGGGUGACCUGGGACAGGAGUGCAUGCUAGCACCGACAGAGAAUGAUCUUGCUCUUCACACGUCCUUACUGUUCUCCAAAGACUGUGGACUGCUCAUCUUCCUCAGGAAGUCCCUGACAUCCGAUGAGCUCCGGGACACCAGAGUCGAUAUCUUGUGUUUUCUGGAGAAGUUCUUGGACCCAGUCUCGCUGAGAGUCAAAGGAUGGGAGAAGACGUACGCCAUCGACAUCAAAGACACGUGCAUGGCUGUGUACACCAAGGAAAAAGUAGCCAAAUGCAGGACUCCAGUUCUGGAGCUCCUUAUCAAGUCAGUUCUCCAAACCACGAGGGCGUCCACUGUGGCCGCAGACCUUCGAAUCUGCGACAUGUUCAACAGGUUUUACAGCGAGCUCUGUCAGAAGAGUAAACUCUCAGACUCCGUUCUGGGGAAGCUCUAUGAGCUGCUGGGCGUUCUUGCCGAGGUUCACCCAAGCGAGAUGGUCAACAACUCUGACAAACUGUACAGAGCUUAUCUGGGGGAGCUGAAAGAACAGAUGACGUCGGCAACAAAAGAACCCAAACUCUUAGUCGUGGCCGGGUGUUUGAUAGGACUCACCGCUCUGAUGGUCAACUUCACCAAGACCAUGGAGGAAGAUCCGGCGACAUUGCAGGAUAUUUUUCAGUACGCCCUGAAGGCCAUCAGUCCCAAGGUGGAAAUGACCCGCUAUGCUGUCACGUUUGCCGGACUGCGACUGUUUGCCAGACAUGCCUCUCAGUUCAGCGGCUGCCUGAUGGAUCACUACAGAGCUCUGUUCGAGGUCAUGUCCAAGCUCUGCGGACACAUCAACGUAGAGAUGAAGAAGACCAGUUACUACGCACUCGAGGCUUUCCUCAAACAGGUCGCCGUGCUGGUGGCCGAGAAUAUCGAGGAGCACAAAAGCAAGUUGAAGUUCUUCAUGCAGAAGUUCUGCGGCAUCAUCAAGACGAUGGACUCGACACAUAAGGAGCUGUCCAUCGCCAUACGAGGAUACGGAUUCUUUGCAGGCCCGUGUAAGAAAGUGUGCCCUCAGGACGUGGACCUGAUGUAUACGGAGCUGAUUCAGCGCUGUAAGCAGAUGUACCUGACAGAGUCUGACGGGGAGGACGACAGCCUCUACCAGCUGCCCAGCUUCCUCGACUCCAUCGCCAGUGUCCUCAUCCACCUGGACAAGAUCCCAGAGGUGUACACUCCUCUGCUGGAGCGCCUCCUGGUGGUGCAGAUCGACAGCUUCCCUCAGCACAGUGAGAGGAUGCAGAGUGUGUGCUGCAGGUCCAUCCUGAAGGUGCUGGUGGCCAUGGCCUCUAAAGGACCCGUUCUGUGGAGUUUCAUCAGCUCUGUGGUGCACCAGGGCUUGAUUCGUGUCUGUUCCAAACCCAUCGUGAUGUCCGAGGACAAAGACGGCUCUUCCUCCAAGUCCUCACAAGUCCGAGCUGGAAAGUGGAAAGUUCCCUCGAGUCAGAACUACCUGGCUCUGUUUAAAAACCUCCUGGACUGCGAUCGGCUGAAGGAUUCAGGAUUUUUGGACGGAGCUUUUGAAAGUCAGAACGCCGCCCUCGUGUCUUUGAGUCGUCUCCUCUAUGAUGAGUUGGUGAAAUCGAUCCUCCGAAUCGUGGAGAAGUUGGAUUUAUCCGUGCAGAAAGUGGCAUCAGGAGAGGAGGCUCCUGAUGAUGCUCAUGUCCUGCCCUCCUCCGACCCCACAGCUCACCUGCUGCCCAACAAGAUCAAAGACUUCACCGCCUUUAUCAACCUGGUCGACUUCUGCAGCGAGCUGUUGCUGAAUAACCACGUGGAGUAUUUUCAGUCGUGGGUUUAUCCUCUGAGCCACGAGCUCAUCCUCCACUCCAUCAGAAACCCACUCGUCAGUGGAUUUUACAAACUGCUCUCUGUCAACAUGAAAAUAUCAAAGAGAAUCAAAUACUACCAGGGAGUCGGCCUGAAGAGCUCUGUGUCCCCUCAUAGUGUCGUGAAGAGUGCCAGUUUUGCCCUCUUCUCUAAGUUUGGAAAAGAGGUGUGCGUCAGGAUGAAGCAGUACAAAGACGAGCUGCUCGCCUCCUGCCUCACAUUCGUCCUCUCGCUACAUCACAACAUCAUCGCCCUCGACAUCAAGGCGUACUGUCCCGCUCUGGAGGCGGCUCUGAAAAUGGGUCUGAGUCACGUUCCUUUAGCAAACGUCGCCCUCGAUGUUCUUGAAGACUGGUCCUCGCACAUCGCCCCGGAGACCAUGCAGCCCUGCUACUCCAACAUCCUCCCUCUGCUGGACGGGUACCUGAAGACCACCUCCAGCGACAACAAAGAGGACAGUAACUGGGAGGUGAUGUCUUCAGUGUCUUCAAGAACUGAACGAGGUUACAGCCGCGUGAUGACGAGGCUGCUGAAGAAAUCCAACCAGCUCACCGUGGAGGAGGCUCCUCUGGUGGCGGUGAGGCUCCGGGUAGUGAAGUUACUCGGCCACCUGGGGGGAAAGCUGAACAGGAACCUUGUGACAGUGGUGUCAUCGGAGGAGAUGAUGAAGAAGUUUGUGGCCUGGGACUCUGAGAAGAGGCUCAGCUUUGCGGUGCCGUUCGCUGAUAUGAAACCGGUCAUCUACCUCGACCCGUUCCUGCCUCGAAUCAGCGAGCUGGCUCUGUCCACCAGCGACAGGCAGACCAAAGUCGCCGCCUGUGAGCUGCUGCACAGUCUGGUGGUCUACAUGGUUGGAAAAAGUGCUCAGAUGGUCGAAGGGACGAAUACUUUACCUCCGAUGUACAAACUGCACAAGAGGCUGUUUCCUGUCCUGCUGCGUCUGGCCUGUGAUGUGGAUCAGGUGACCCGUCAGCUCUUUGAGCCGCUGGUCAUGCAGCUGAUCCACUGGUUCACAAACAACAAGAAGUUUGAGAGUCAGGAUACAGUGGCUGUCCUGGAGGCCAUCAUGGACGGCGUGGUCGACCCCAUGGACAGCACUCUCAGAGACUUCUGUGGCCGCUGCAUCGAGGAGUUUGUCAAAUGGUCGAUCAAACAAACAACCCCGAAGCAGCAGGAGAAGAGCCCGACAAACAUGAAGUCUUUGUUUAAACGGAUCUACAGCUUGGCGCUUCACCCUAACGGCUUCAAAAGACUCGGCGCGGCGUUAGCCUUCAACAGUAUCUACAGACUGUUCAGAGAGGAGAGCGCGUUGGUGGAGCAGUUUGUUUUCGAGGUUCUCGUCGUUUUCAUCGAGAGUUUGUCUCUGGCUCACUCAGACGAGAGAUCUAUGGGUACGCUGCAGCAGUGUGGCAGCGCCAUCGAUCACCUGAAGAGAAUCAUCAAACAGAAAGCUGCGAGUCUGAACGAGCAGAGUACAAAGAGACGCGUCCCCAGGGGCUUUCCCCCUGACGAGAGGCUGAGUCUUUCCGAUGUGGUUUCGUGGCUCCUGGAACAAUGUGGCCGACCUCAGACAGAGUGCAGACACAGGUGUAUGGCGCUCUUCUAUGAGUUCAUACCUCUCCUCCCAGGUAAGAAGUCUCCUCCUCAGUGGUUUGACGGCAUGCUGAAGGAAGAGGGCGUCGGUUUCCUGAUCUCACGGUUUGAGGGCGGGGGUCUCCUCUCCCAGCCCACCCUCAGAGACCUGAGCGGUCCUUUCAGCGUCAGAGCCGCCCUGCAGUGGAUGGACCUGCUGCUGGCUGCUCUGGACUGCUACAACACCUUCAUCAGUUUGCACAUACUGAAACCUCAGCACAUGCUCAACUUGAAAGAGAAGUCGAGUUUUCUGAAAGCUGUGAGUUUCUUUUUGAGCGAGCUGUCAACUCGGGACCUAUCAGCAGCAGAGAGCUGUUUCCCAGUCGGAGAGAAGACGUCUCACUUCAGCCCCAGAGAGGUGGACCAGUACAACUUCAGCAAGUGCACCAUCAUCGUGCGCUUGCUGGAGUUCACCGCCAUGAUCCUCGUCAAAGCAGACCAGGACUUUUGGAAGCUCCUAGAAGAAGACGUCUUUGUGCCAGCCUUUUACGAGCUGACGGCGCUGGUGGUGUGUGAGCCGUCCUCCGUUGGCUUCAACAUGGCUGACGUGGAGGUGAUGAAGAAGCUUCCAGAAGUGUGUGUUCCUUUACUGACGACCCUGCUGGCCUCACCUUACUGCUCUCGUAUUGAAAGCAGUUUGCGGACAAAGAUCUCCCGUAAAAGCGUGGAGGAGCUGUGUGCCGUGGAUCUCUAUCAGUGCAGCUCUGUGAGCCAUCAGGACCACAUGGAGAUGGUUCUGUCCUCAUGCAAACAGAUCCACAAAGCCGGCUUCCUCGUCUCCAUCCUGCACAGUCAGGAUGCCGUUUAUGCCAGAUCCCUGGGCUCCAGACUCCUGAUGACCGUGUAUAAAGGAAUCGCUCCGGGUGAGGACAGGAAGGCUCUUCCAUCUUUGGACAUCAACACUAAAAGGCUGGCUGACGGCCUGCUGCAGCUCUCCUUCUCUCUGAGUGAACAGAGUGAGCAGCUGGUGGAUUUGUUGCUGAACACCAUCAUGCUCUCUGUGCCCAUAUCUGGAAGUCACAGUCAUAACUUCCUGAGCUUCUCACACGGCGAGUACUUCUACAGCCUCUUCCAGACGACCAUCAACACCGAGCUGCUGAGACGUCUAAGCACCACCGUCCCACACCUCAUGAGGGCUUCCUCUCUAAACCAGACCAUGGUGAGUGUGUUGCUGAACGGCAUGCUGGACCACAGCUUCAGAGAGCGCUCUGUGAGGAAGACUCAGGGGAAGCAGCUGGUGGACGAGGUGCUGAAGAGAUGGAACAGUCUGCAGUCGUGGUGGGAGGGGCCGUCUGCAACCGCAGAGAGCAAAACCGCCACGCUUCUGCUGCUCUCCAAACUCUUGCAGAUCGACUCGUCUGUCUGCUCUGAUAUCAACCACGAGGCGUUCAGACCCGUGUUUUCCACUUUCACUCUGCUCCUGGUUGACAUGAAUCUGCCGCUGAAUCUAAAGAGUCAGGCCCUGCUGGUGUUGCCGUUCCUCACCUCCCUACCUGACGAGCCGCUCUCUGAGCUGCAGAGAUCUCUGGACGCUCUGGUGGCCUCGCACUUCCCCAUGACGUCUGACGAGUUCGCUAAAGGCUCGCUGCACCGCAACAACUACAUGGACUGUGUCAGAAAGCUGCUGGACGCCCUGGAGCUCUCUCAGAGUCCUCUGCUGCUCAAACUGAUGGCACUGAUUCUGUGUCGAGACAAAAAGCACAUCAUGGAGGAGAGCUUCCAAACCUGCUUCCAGAGGAUUGCUAAGCGGUCGAGUGUUGAGCGUCAGCUGCAGCUGCUGUGUGCCAUGUAUCAGGUGAUCAAUCAGGGUGACGUGCCCAUGAGCUCCAUGCUUCAGGCCAUGAUGGAGAGAGUCCUGCUGCCUCUGUCCUCUCACUGCAGCAGCAAAGCCCUCAACGACUUCUUUGUGGCAAACGUCUCCGACAUAACGGCUCUACUGCUCAGCCGCUUCACUAAGUCAAAUGUUUCAGAGUUUGAGACUCAAUUGCUGAAGAAGACCGGCUGCUUCAAGCUGAUGGAGCUGCUUUAUUCUCGACUUCCUAAAGAAGAAGUUUACUCAAAGGAAUCUCGUAUCAACCAGGCGCACUGCCGCUCGGAGAAGACGGAGGGCAACGAGCUGUCCAAGAUGUUGAUCAAGUCAUGUUUUGAGGUGUUCACUGAGAACAUGGCGGGUGAGACUCAGCUGCUCGAGCUGAGGAGACACUUUCACUGCGCUGCCUAUAACUGUGCCAUCGCCGUCAUCAGCUGCAGCUUCAGCGAGCCCAAAUUCUACCACGGCUUCCUCUUCAGCGAGAAACCCGAGAAGAAUCAGUUCAUUCUGGAAAACAUCAUCGACGUUGGGAGGAUCUACAACUUCCCCAUUGAGAUCGAGGUCCCACUCGAGAGAAAGAAGAAGUAUGUGAUGAUUCGAAGGGAAGUGAACGAGGAGAACGGAGACGCUCCGGUGUAUCUGUCCUCUCAGUCGUACAUGGCCGACAGCAGCCUGAGCGAGGAGAUGAGUCAGUUUGACUUCUCCACCGGAGUCCAGAGCUUCUCCUUCAGCUCGCAAAACCCUGAUGGACACAGACGCAGCGUGGCCCAGAGAGAGACAGAGGAGACAAAUCUGUCCCAGCAUGCAUCAGUGGAUCUAGAGAUGGACGAGCUGAAUCAGCAUGAGUGCAUGGUGUCGAUGGCUGCUCUGAUUGGACACAUGCAGAGGAACAACAUCACCCCGAAAGUGGAACAGGGAAGCACGCCCAGUGAUCUUCCUCCGUGGAUGAAGUUUCUCCACACAAAGCUCUCAAAUCCGUCCACACCUCUGAAUAUCAGACUGUUCAUCUCAAAGCUCAUCAUCAACACAGAGGAGGUGUUUCGACCAUACGCCAAACAUUGGCUCGGGCCGCUGCUGCAGCUUGUUGUGUCUGGAAACAACGGAGGAGAGGGGAUUCACUUCAUGGUGGUGGAAGUCGUGGUCAUAGUGCUCUCCUGGACGAGCAUCGCCAGCCCCAAGGGAAACCCCAGAGACGAGGUGCUGGCUAAUCGUCUGCUGGAGUUCCUGAUGAAGCACAGCUUUCACUCUAAGAGAGCCGUCUUCAGACACAACCUGGAGGUCAUCCGCACACUGGUGGAGUGCUGGAAAGACUGUCUGCAUGUACCUUACAGUUUGAUCUAUGAUAGAUUCUGCGGCACCGACCCGAACAGUAAAGAUAACUCUGUAGGACUCCAGCUGCUGGGAAUCAUCCUCGCCAACAACCUCCCUGCUUAUGACGCCUCCUGUGGAAUCCAAUACGACAUGUACAUCCAGUGUCUCACCAACAACGUGUCCUUUGUGAGAUACAGAGAAGUCUACGCAGCCGCUGCCGAGAUCAUCGGCCUCAUCCUGAAGAACAUGACUGAAAUGGACGACCUUCAUCAGGAACUUCUGAAUCUUGCUGCGAGUAAAAUAACGAACCUGAAGAAGAAAGAUAUGGACGACAAGUUCAUCGUUUGUUUGAACAAAGUUUCCAAACACUUUCCUCCCUUUAUGGAUCGCUUUGUGAACCAUGUGUUCUACCUGCUGCCGAAGCUUCACGGCCUCUUAAAGACUCUCUGUUUGGAGUGCGUGCUGAGCCGAGCAGAAGUCAUCCCUGACAUCUUUCUGCAGCUGAAGACCUCCGGCUUCAGUCAGAUGAUGAGCCACAGGGAUGAAGCGAGGCAGAGAGUGUGUCUGGAUAUCAUCCAUAAGAUCGUCGCUCUGCUGACGCCUGUUCAGCUUCAGGAGCUUCUGUCGGCCGUCAUGGCGUUUACCUCUCACCCCUCCCCCGUGUGCAGAGAGAGGAUGUACGACAUCCUCAUGUGGAUACAAGACAACUACAGUGAUGCAGAGAGCAUGGAAGACGACAUCUCAGUGGAGGUUUUGAAUGCAGCUAAAGAAAGUCUGCUUCGAGGACUCUCUGAAGAGAACCAGGCCCUUCAACUUUAUGUCCGUAACUUCUGGAGUCAGGAGAAACGUCUUCCCACUGCGACCCUGGAGCGGAUGUUGUCUGUGCUCGGCUCUCUGUACUCCUGUCACAUAGAGAGAUGUUUCUUAAGUUUGGCCACCAAUCUGCUGCUGGAGACCACGAGUCAGAGUCCAGACUUCAGCAGGAACAUGUUCGAGUACCCUCUGUCAGAGUGCACCUUCCAGGACUAUGUGAUUGAUUCUAACUGGCGCUUCAGGAGCACGGUGAUGACGCCCAUGUUUGUUGAAACUCAAAACUCUCAGGGUCCAGAGAGCAUGGCGGCAUCUCAGUCUGGAUCCAUGAAGGGGAAGCUCAGAGCGACUCAGACUACUUUAGAGUUCUCGCAGACGCAAGCUGCAGGUCGGAGCACGACGUAUAACUGGCUGACGGGCAGCAGCGUGGACACUCUGGCUGAGUACUCGCUGGGCUCCGAGUCUCUGUCGUCACUGAUGGUGUUUGAUAAGAAAACAGAGAGACGGACUGCAGCCAGGAGACCCGUGGGAGAAGGGUUCGGUCUGAGGCGCCUAACUGCAUCGACAUCAGACGAGGUGGACAGUCGCACCAGAGCAGCGAACGAGCAGCGUAACAACAUCCUGAGAUUGAGACGCAGAUUUCUGAAGGAUCAGGAGAAAGUCAGCUUGAAGUUUGCACAAAAAGAGAUCCAACAUCAAAGACAGAAACAGGAAGAUAAAGCCGACCAGAGGCUGAGAAAAGAGGCUCAGGUGACUCUUUAUCGAAACUACAGAGUGGGAGACUUUCCAGACAUCCAGAUCUCAUACAGCAGCCUCAUCACCCCCCUGCAAGCUCUGGCACAGAGAGAUCCCAUCUUAGCCAAACAGCUGUUCAGCUCUCUGUUCGCUGGAAUCCUUCAAGAGAUGGAGAGACACAAAGCGAGAGGAGAGAGCGCGAGGACUACAGAGGAGCUGCAGACGUACAUGAACACAUUCCUGAGCAAGAGCACUGUCUGCUUCCCUCCUUUCAUCGCAUGUGUGCAGGACAUGUGCUUCCAGCAUAAAGGUCUGCAGCAUCUCGACCCUGCAGCCAUCAGCUCCACUUGCCUGGUGAGCCUCCAGCAGCCGGCUGGGAUCCUGCUCCUGGAGGAGGGUUUGUUACACACCACAGGACACGACGAACCUCCGUCCAAACGGUCACGAGGACGCAAAGAAAUCCCCCCCGACACCAAGAAGUGGAUCAACCUGGCUAAGCUGUACAGAUCUUUGGAGGAUUAUGAUGUCGUGCGCGGCAUCUUUGGAGGGAAAGUUGGGACCAAGUCGAUCACCUGUGCCGCUCUGCAAGCUGAAGCCAACUCAGACUUUGCAGAAGCUGUGAAGCUUUACAACGAGGCUCUGAACACCACGGAGUGGAGCGACGGCGAGCCCACAGCCUCAGAGAAGGAUUUCUGGGACGAAGCUGCGAUGGAGGCCUACGGUCACCUGACCGACUGGAAGUCUCUCCAGUACUGCUCCACGGUUUACAUCGAUGAAAACACUCCACCCAACCUGGACAGGAUGUGGUCCGAGCCUCUCAACCAGGAGAUGUACCUGCCCCACUUGAUCCGCAGCAUGCUGAAGCAGCUGCAGCUCGGGGAGACGGACCAAACUCUCCUCAGCUUCAUCGACAAAGCCAUGAGGGUGGAGGAGCACAAGAAGCUGCUGGAGAGUAAAUACAGCCAGGAGCUGAGCCUGCUUUACAUCCUGCAGGAGGACUACGACCGUGCUAAAUACUACACCAACAACGCCAUGCAGCUCUUCAUGGAGAAUUACUCCAGUGUUGAUACUCUGUUGACUCAGAGUCGGCUCACCACCCUGCAGUCUGUACAGUCCCUGACGGAAAUCCAGGACUUCCUGCUGUUCGUUAGAGGAGAGGUUUCUGUGAGUUCCCUGAAGCGGCUCAUCAGACUCUGGACUGAACGUUAUCCUGACACCAAGGCUGAUCCAGUGAACUUAUGGGAUGACAUCAUCACGUCCCGGUGUUUCUUCUUGGAUAAGAUCAGGGAGAAGCUGCGGGGCCACGCCCCCUCUGACAGCAUGGAGGUGGACGGCUCGGACGACGACAUCGACGCGUUAGUGAAUGACUGCAAGUUCAACAUGAAGCUGCGGAUGGCUGACAGCGCGUGGAAGCAGAACAACUUUCCUGUGGCCACGAAGCUGCUGAAGGAUCUGCACAGAGACGCUAAAACAGACAGACGCUGGCUGCUGCGCUGGGUCCACAGCUUCAGUCGAUACAGCCACAAACGCAGCCAGAGGCAGGGAGCCGUGGAGCAGGUCAACGCCAUGAUGAAGACCAUCCCUCUGCUGGAGGACCUGCAGGCCGACUGUCAGAGCGCUUCCGCCAAAGUGUUCAGAUACCAAAAGAUCCUCCAGGCUUCGUCCUUCCACAUCCUGGCCACGGCCCUGAGCAGGAGCCCCUCGGUGCUGGAGACCGUCGACGCGAAGAAAGCCGAGAAAGUUGUGAUGCUUUCAGGAACGGCUUGGCCAAAUGAAAACCCAAAGACAGUGGAGGUCGGGCUGCAGCUCAAAGCCCUGACGCUGCUGCGUGAAGCCUCCAGGAAGGCGGAUGAAGAGCUUCAGUCGUUCUCUCAGGAGUGUGUGGCGAGCAGCAGCAUCACUGAGACGUACAUGGCUUUAGCAAACUUCUGUGACAAAAUACUGCGAGACGAGGAGCAGAGGGAGACAGAGAGCCAGUUUCCCGACAUGUUGUCGCUGCCUGUUCACGUGGUGGAGAGCAUGUUGAAGGCUCUGAAGAUGAACUCUGAAGAAGCUCGACUGAAGUUUCCUCGUCUGCUGCAGAUCAUCGAGUCGUACCCGUCUGAGACUCUGGACCUCAUGACCAGAGAGAUGAUGUCAGUCCCAUGCUGGAUGCUGAUUGGCUGGAUCAGUCAGAUGGUGGCUCUGUUGGAUAAGCCUGAGGCGGUGGCCGUGCAGCACUGUGUCGGGCAGAUCGCUGAGUGUUACCCUCAGGCUCUGGUGUACGCGCUCAUGAUCAGCAGUGAGAGUUAUCAGUUUGAGGACUCGGCCACAGGACACAAGCAGCAACAGUUUGUCUACAGGCUGAGGAGCAUGCUGGAUAAAGGCGGAGCUGUGAAGAAGUUUGUGGACGCUCUGCAGCAGCUGACCAACCCCGACAUGAUAUUCAAGGACUGGUGGGAUUGUGUGAAGAAUGAGCUGGAGAAAGCGAGCUUCAAUGAGAAGCAGAUGACCCGCCUUUACGAGGAGAUGUACUCGUCACUCGGGGAUCAGAACGCCGAGGGACACGGGAAGUUUCGCAAGAAGUUUAUCCAGAGAUUUGCCAAAGACAUGGAGAAUGUGCUCGGUCCUAAAGGCGUCACGCUGUUUAAGAAGAGGAAAGACAGAAGCAGGGUGAAGCAGGUGGAGGAACUGGUUGCGUCCAUGAGAGGGUUUUAUCAGAAGGAACCCGGGAACCUGAAGGAGUACUCGCCGUGGCUGAGCGGAUUCAAAGCAGACGCCUUCAGUAACGAGCUGGAGAUCCCCGGUCAAUAUGACGGCAGGUCCAAACCUCUUCCAGAGUAUCACGCAAAGAUCACAGGCUUUGAUGAGAGGGUGAAGGUGAUGUCCUCUAUCCGCCAGCCCAAACGUCUGAUCAUCCGUGGGGACGACGAGCAGGACCACCCGUUCCUGGUGAAGGGCGGAGAGGACCUUCGUCAGGACCAACGCAUCGAGCAGUUGUUUUCUGUCAUGAACAUUUUGCUGAGUCAUGACGCCGCCUGUACACACAGAGGACUGACGCUGCGCACGUAUCAGGUCAUCCCCAUAAGCACCAGGAUUGGUUUGAUUGAAUGGAUGGAGAACACGUGCACGCUCAAAGAGUUCCUGUACAACACCUUGACUAAAGAAGAAGAGAAAAGAACAGAGGGGUCUGUAGAAAACUACAAAAAAUGGCUCUCGUCGUUUCAUCCAAAAGCACCUAAACCUGCAGCGAUGUACGCUCCGGCUUACAAGAAAGCCAAACGUAACGACACCGUGAACACCUUUUUGAAGGUGCUGCAGCAUUGGCCGACUGAUCUCCUGAAACGAGCCUUUCUGAAGAUGUGUAACGGCCCCGAGGCCUUCCUCUCACUGCGCUCUCACUUCAUCAGCUCUCACGCUCUGCUCUGCAUCAGUCACUGGAUUCUGGGGAUCGGAGAUCGCCAUCUCUCUAACUUCAUGAUCAACAUGGAGACUGGAGGAAUGGUCGGCAUCGACUUCGGUCAUGCAUUCGGCUCGGCCACACAGUUCCUCCCCGUGCCUGAGCUCAUGCCUUUCCGGCUGACUCAGCAGUUUGUGAAUCUGAUGCAGCCGUUAAAGGAGUCGGGUUUGAUCCAGAGCGUCAUGGUCCACGCCCUCCGAGCGUACAGGGCGGAGCCGGACCUCCUGCUCAACACCAUGGACGUGUUUGUGAAGGAGCCGUCGCUGGACUGGAAGAACUUUGAGCUGAAGCAGCUGAAGAAAGGAGGAACGUGGACGGAGGACGUGAACACUAAAGAGAUCAACUGGUAUCCUCUACAGAAGGUCAACUUCGCCAGACGGAAACUGGAAGGAGCCAAUCCAGCGGCUAUAACCAGUGAGGAGCUCAAGCUGGGCUUCGAGAAGACUGAAGCCUUCUCGGGGAUGCAGUCGGUGGUGUUGGGGACCGAGGAGCACAACGUACGAGCUCGUCUUCCUGCAGACGGCCUGUCUGUGGAGCAGCAGGUCGACUGUCUGCUGGACCAGGCCAUGGACCCCAACGUGCUGGGCCGAGUGUGGAUGGGCUGGGAGCCGUGGGUCUGAGAAGUUAGCGUUCACAACGAUUUAAUGACUUUGAAAAGGUUUGUGUUCAAAUAUGACGAGUUGAUUUUGUAGAUGAUGGUUAUGGGGUGGCACUGUGGGUGGUUGUAAGCACUGUCCCCUCACAGCGAGGAGGUUCCUGGUUUGAAUCCCCGUCUGACAGGAGUCUCUCUGAGGAGUCUGCAUGUUCUCUCCAUUCAUUUGUGGGUUCUCUCCUGGUCUUCCUCCCACAGUCCGAAGACAUGCUCGUUAGGUUAACUAAAUGUGAGUGUGUCUGGUUGUCUGUCUCUAUAUGUCUGCCCUGCGAUUGGCUGGUGAACAGUCCAGGGUGUAACCCCGCCUCUCGCCCAAUGACAGCUGGGAUUGGCUCCAGCCCCUCCGUGACCCCUAACAGGAAAAGCGGUUUAGAUGAUGGAUUAGUGGAUGAUGGUUAUGGUUUAAGGGAUCAUGGGAUGUUUGAGUUUCUUUUUGUACCUGUUGAAAUAUAAAUCUGUGUAACAGAAAGAUCACACUUAGUGAAAAAUAAAAAUCUUAAAGUCUGGA